AUGGCGGCCACUUCCGGUCAAAUGCYAAAUGCCAUGAAUUACGGUGAUAUCACUGCUAUCCCGCAAGUCAAAAGAAGGCUAUUUGAAACGCCAGUGGGUGAGAGAUCGAAAUCGCCUCGAAAAAAGAAAAAGAAGAUAAAAUAUACAAGCUCUCCUGGUAAAAGAAAUUUUGUCUUUACCAAUAAGAAUUCUGAGCAGACUGUCAGAUACCAUAAGUGGUCCGACGAAGAAGAUAAGGCGCUGGUGGAGUUUGUUUCAAUAGCACAAACUGAUCCUUGUUAUAACUGGCAAGGAAAUCAGAGUCCAUGGCCUGGAUUUAGAACCAAGCACUUCUUUUGGUCAGAUGCAGCAAAUCAUAUAAAAGAGAGUACCACAUCAACUUUUCUUUUAUCCAAUACUCGUGUAAGAUCCAGAGUAGUUAACUCUCUCAGACAGCGAUUUAAAACUGUCCAGGAAGCAGAGGAACACCUUGGUCUCUCUCUUACACACUAUUUGGGAGAUUUAGAUCCCAAGCCGGUGCCCUCGAGAUUGGGACCAGGUGUUCACAAAUUCACUCAAACGAAACAAGAAGAACAUCCUGUAGAAAAUGACUAUAGAACAAGAUCUGAUGAGGAAUUCAUUAAUCAGCUGACAGAUGAUGAAGCAGUCAAGCUUGCCAACAGUCUAUUUCUGAAACUUGCAACAAGAAGGGGUAUUGACACCAACCCUGCUGAUUUUGUAAGGCUUUCACUUGAUGCAAUGGUGAUCUUCCAGCAAAAGCAAAAGAAAAACCUGGUGUACCAGUUUUCCCGUAUAAUAGCCAAGUCACUGCUACCCUUAAACAGGAUGCCAUUUGGGCUGAUUUCUUAUCAGAUCCAAUUUUUUAACUGUACCAACAUAAUGCAGAUUUCUGUUCCAGCUGAUUAUGCUACUUGGCACGAGACUAUGUGUGCAGAAUUCCCAACAAGAUUCAAUAAACUUUUUAGAGGACCAAUGUGGAGUUCUGUCCCUAUUGCAGAACAGAAAGAUCCUUCAACUGCACGUGUGAAUGUAGCAGCCCCAAGUAUUAAUUGGGUAGAAAAAAGGACUGCAAAAUCAGAAUUCAGUGAAAAACCUGAAUUGCAG